AUGUCCACCAACACCGCCGCCUGGCUCACCAGCCCCAAGGUCCACCCCUUCGAAAUCAAGCCCGCCCCAAUGUGGGAACCCCAAGGCACCGAAAUCCUCAUCCGCAACAAAGCCAUCGCCAUAAACCUCAUUGACGCCUCCCUGCAGAAAAUCGCCAUGAUCCCUAUGCCCUACCCGUCCAUCGUCGGCCACGACGUUGCCGGCGAGGUGGUCGCUCUCGGACCGGAACACAAGCGUUUCAAGAAAGGCGAUAGGGUGUUGGGCAUGGCCGUGGGGAUCGGAAAGGAGAAGAAGAAUAACGAGAAUGCGUUUCAGCAGUUUACGGUUUUGCAGUCGCAUAUGGCGACGGAGAUACCGGAGGGGAUGGCGUUCGAGGAGGCCGCUGUGAUUCCGCUGGGGCUUUCGACGGCGGCUUGUGGGUUGUUCCAGGAGAAGCCGUGUUUGGGGUUGCGGUAUCCUACUGAGCCGAGAGGGAAGGCGACCGGGCAGACGGUUUUGGUUUGGGGUGGUUCGUCGAGUGUUGGCGCGAAUGGGAUUCAGCUGGCGGUUGCGGCUGGGUAUGAAGUUGUUGCGACUGCGUCGCCGAAGAAUUUUGAGGUUGUUAAGAAGCUUGGUGCGAGCCAGGUCUUGGACUACAACGCUUCGACGAUUGAAGAUGGUCUUGUCGCUGCGUUCAAGGGCAAGCAGCUCGCGGGUGUUCUGGACUGCAUCGGUGGACAAGCAUGUACCACUUCCGUCAACGUUGUCAAAAGGGUUGCGGGAACUGGAAUCGUCACAACGACAAAAGGUGGAGCUGAGAAGGGAGUUGAAGGUGUCACUGUGCAGCGACUCUUCGGCGUGACGUUGAAGGACAAUGGCGUUGGAAAGGCGGUGUUUGAGGACUACCUUCCAAAGGCUUUGAAGGCUGGGACUUUUGUCCCUGCGCCGGCACCGGUUGUUGUUGGCAAGGGAUUGGAGUCUGUGCAGACCGCUGUGGAUAGGAUUUUGAAGGGUGUGUCGGCUCAGAAGCUGGUAGUUAGCCUUGAGUAA